AUGGACAUCCCGAACCACGCGCACGGCGGAUUGCGGUCCGACUCGCGACUGCUCUCCAUCCCGCGCGAAGUCCGCGACCUCAUAUAUGAGCACUACAUCAUCGUCGAGGGGGGAUACAUCUAUGAAUCAGACGAUCUCCUCGGUGGCAGGCUCAAGAGGGCCGACGGGCGACCCAUCGAUCUCAACCUGAUGUACGCCUGUCGACUCGUCGCCAACGAGAUGCGCCACCUAGCCUUGCGGAGCAACACCCUCACGUUCUCCACCAUUACGUCGGAAUCUGGACCGUCCCCUUUAGCCAUGCUUGAAGGUUUGCGCAUGCGCGCUGCUCGGUUCGACGGCCUGGUUGGGCGUUGCCUCGACAGAUACAGGCAGCAACUGUUACAUUUUGCCGGAGGCUUCCUGGCGAGGCGGAGGUUCGAAGAGCAACAGGCGCGGACAACUACGUCAGAAGAGGGCAAUCACGACCAUGAGGAGAACGACAGUGACGGCUCCAGCAGCGACUUGGCCGCUGCAAGCAAAGUACACGUCGACCCUCCUAGUACUGAAGACCCGGACGGGGUCUCGUCCUCAGGGUCGUCCCCAUCUGGCGAGCCGUCAUGGGCCACAGCUCAACUUACCUUGGACGAGCUGGCCAAGAAGCACCCUCGCUUCCUUCGAGUCCUGGAGCGAAUGGAUCAUGAGGACUUGACACCAUGGAGAGCCUGGGGCUUCACGCAUUUUCGCCGUGGUCCCUAUGGUGAGGCACCAUCUUCAUACCUCGAGCUCUGCUGCGACCUCCUUCAAGCCGCGUCUCGUCUGAAACCGAACGACUGGAAUCAACUCGAAUGGUGCCGGCUCAUGAACAUCUCGGAAAAUCGCUUGGCGGGUGGGGAAACCCGCUCGAGCCGCAUCAUGCGCUGCUCGGUCAGGGAGUGGGAUAUCCCUAAGGCCGCCGACCUGAAGGAGCUAUCGUCGUGGAUCACCGAGGAGAAGCGCCUGCUCUCAUCCAUCCGCCACGGAUCCGACGGCUCAGUCUACCGCUUCUCGGCCGCCGCUUCGGCCAUCCGCUAUCUCAAGUCCAUCCCCGCCGCCAUGCGCGCGCAGGUGCGCAAGAUUGUCCUCGUGGAAGACUACCGCUCCGUCGCGCAUCCGGAGAGCCACGCCCGAGGCCUGAUCCCUUUCUGCCGGGAGAACCCCCUCCUGCGGGUCGAACGUCGCGUGAACCUGUGGCGGAACCUCUUCCAGGUCGACAAGAGAUGGCACACGCCCCACCAGCAGUGCGAACGCCAGAAUCGUGCCGCCACGCGGGCGCUCCGGUCGCGGGACAUCACGUCCACCGUCGCGCUCUGGGUCACGGAGGCCUUGGCUCUCGGGCCAGCGGGCAUGCCCGCGGCGUCCUUCUCCCUGGUCCUGGACGGCGACCCGGCGCCGCAGCUGUGCGCGCGCAUCUUCCAGACCGUCGUGCAGCGCGACGCCGCGUGGCAGCGGGCGUGGACCGAGUCCAUGGACCGGCGCCUCGUGCUCGUCCACCCGGUGCUGGACUGGUUCGAGAGGCGGGGCGAGGACGCGGCCAGGGCGGGCGUGCAUCCCGUCUCCGGGAUGUACGAGUCGUACCUGGGGUACUUUUACGAGGGCUUCCCCGAGGCGAUGAGGGAUAUCGCGCGAGGCAGCAGCGGGUCCGUGGUGCGGUGUAAUUUUGACGCCGGCGAGCCGUGGGAUGCUGAGAAGGUCGUGCGCGCCAAUAAAAUGUGGACGUCGGCGCAGUGGAACGAGGGGUGGCUGCGGCACGAGCAGCUGUUUUGGGAGACUGAGGCGCCGUUGCCGGAGUGGCCGGCGUUGCUGAUGGAGAAUAUGAUUGACUCCUUUUCUGGAUGUAAGAAGAAGAGCUGGAGAGGGCGUUGA